UCGCUCGCGGUUCGCUCGAACAGCACACACGUGUUUUUGUUUACUACCGUGGCAGUGGUUUUGUUUGCGCGGAAUUCUUAGGACUUGAUCUUUCGUCGGUUCCCAGGUUCAAAACGGCGACGACAUGGAUAUAGACGGUGAGGAAGAAACCCCACAAACGCACACUAUCCAGGCAAGGUUCGUGUCGGAUGUGGGAGUCGAGGCAGGGCCUCCGUUGGAUUUGCCGGUGAACGUGACCAAACAGCAACUGGAGUUGAUUUUGAACGCUCUACUGAAGAAUGAGGAACAAACACCGUAUUUAUUCUUCAUCAAUGAUGACGAAGUUCGUGACUCGAUUCAACAAACGCUUGGCACCAAGCAGUUGGACGUAGAAAAUGUACUGGACAUUGUCUAUCAACCGCAAGCGGUUUUCCGCGUGCGGCCCGUCACCCGCUGCACAAGCUCAAUGCCUGGUCAUGCGGAAGCAAUCGUGUCGCUUUCGUUCAGUCCCAACAGUUUGCAUUUGGCCAGUGGUUCCGGAGAUACGACCCUCCGACUGUGGGAUUUAACAACCGAGACACCGCAUUUCACCUGUACAGGACACAGGAAUUGGGUUUUGAGUGUGGCCUGGUCACCGGAUUCGUUGAAGGUUGCAUCAGCAGACAAGGCAGGAGAAAUUCGAGUCUGGUGUCCCGACACCGGUAAACUGCUGGGACGUCCCCUGGUGGGUCACAAAAAGUGGGUUAGCUGCCUUAGCUGGGAGCCGUACCAUAAGAACCCGGAGUGUCGGUAUUUGGCCAGCGCAGGAAACGACAAUGACGUAAGGAUUUGGGAUGUCGUGUUGGGAACUUGCACCAAGACGAUAGCAGGUCACACCGCUCCGGUAACCGCGGUACGUUGGGGUGGCUCGGGUCUACUGUACACAUCGUCCAGAGAUCGCACCAUCAAGAUGUGGCGUGCAGAGGAUGGCGUACUUUGCAAAACAUUUACCGGACAUGCUCAUUGGGUCAACAAUUUGGCAUUGAACACCGACUACGUGCUACGUACCGGACCGUUCCACCCCGUUAUGGAUAGGAGUAAAUCGUACUCGAUGUCUGACAAAACUGAAAUGCAAAAAUCCGCCCUAGAGCGCUACGAAAAGGUCUGUCCGGAUGGGGUGGAAUCGUUCGUUUCGUGUUCGGACGACUUCACGCUCUAUCUGUGGAAAUCGAGCCAGAAGCAAUUCAUUACCAGGAUGACCGGCCAUCAGAAUGUCGUGAACGAUGUGAAAUAUUCGCCGGAUGUGAAGCUCAUCGCUUCUGCUUCGUUCGACAAGUCCGUGCGGUUGUGGCGCGCCGGUGACGGAGCGUUUAUCUGUGCAUUCCGCGGCCACGUGCAAGCCGUGUAUACCGUGGCGUGGUCAGCUGACUCCAGACUAAUCUUGAGCGGGAGCAAGGACUCUACCUUAAAGGUGUGGAGUGUGAAGGAAAGGAAACUGGCACAGGAGUUGCCCGGGCAUGCCGACGAAGUGUUCGGAGUUGAUUGGGCCCCUGAUGGUUCCAGGGUUGCUUCUGGUGGAAAGGACAAGGUGUUGAAAUUGUGGACAUACUGAACCGAGUACAGUAGUCUAUAUAUUUUUACUCUAAUAAGUAUAAAAAUCGUAACAAUUGCUUUUAAGUCAAAGUCCUUACACAAAGAAAUAUAAUCCAUUGUGCUGUACAGUGUACACAUUUGA